UGAUCUUUCUCUUGUCAUUGCAGCGUGCGUCGCAACUCGGACCCGAACGGAUUCCAGUCAGUCAAUCAGAAAAGGUGGAAUAGAGCAAUGUCCAAGCCUCAGCUGUUCCCGGAAACGGCCCCGGCGUCCGGGAUCGUUUCUGAUCCACUAACACAGCAGCGCGUCAUUCCUGAAUCAAGACGGGCAGAUGGAUCCGUCCGCAAAGAGCGCAAGGUCAAGCCGGGCUUUACGCCCGCUGAGGAUGUGACCAAAUUCCGAUCCUCACGGCAACAAGAAGCAGAACGACGCAAGCUCCCGCCAGGAUCGGUGGUCGGGUACAUUCGGCCCCAGCCCCCGGCUUCCAACACGGCGAGCCCGUCGUUUACGGCGGGAGCAUCAGCCGGGCUAAGCAAGAGUGCCAAGAAAAACGCAAAGAGGAAAGAGGCACGUGCCAAUGGCGGCCAGCAGCAAUGUGAAGAUGAUGAUGCAGAUGAUGACGCAGAACCGCCAGACGCUUGGGAUGAGGAUGUAACGCUAGCAGCUUCGUCAGCGAGCAGCAGACAGGCAUCAGCCCCCGUCCCAGCAGCGGCACCAUUGCGAGCACUUCACCCCGAUGCGUUUUUAAAGGCCGAGAUAACAACCGGAUCAAAACUAACAACAGAAGCAGCAGCGCUAGCGCCAGCACAAGAUCCAACCAAAAGAGCAAGAACUUUGCAGAAGAAAAUUCGCGCUGCAGAGUCGCUCAAGGCCAAGCGAGAUGCAGGCGAAAAGCUUUUGCCGGAGCAGCUGGCCAAGGUGGACGAGAUGGAUGGCAUGUUGGAGGAACUGUCGAAACUCAACGUCGACAAGCCAAAUUGACUUUUUCAUGUUGAAGAAAUACUGCAGGUCCAAGAGAGCUCAAGACUCCCCUUUAGACUUGGUAUUGAAGAAAAUACGAAGCUCAAUUGUUUGGCACACGGGAGCUAUCAACAGAACUUGGGAGGCUUGUAGAGUCACUGACUAAUGAGACGAGACAUGCGC